UAUUGAAAAUUCGGUCGGCAUACAACAAGGACCAAAUUAAUUAAUGUCGACCCAAAGAUGAAGGGCCAAAUUGAUUACGAUUGAUUGGUGUGUACUCUUAUAAAUAAAAGAUUAUAACCAAACUCAAAAGUAGGAAUUCAUAAACCACUCAUUUAAAACGCCACCAAUAACGCCAAUUAAAAUAUCAUUAUUUUACAACGAAAAGAAAAAAAAAGAAAGUCAUGUGGCUCAUGACACAUUUUGUCUUCCACUUGUUAGACAAAGCAAAUGUUAAAGCUCAGACCAAAAAAGAAAAAGCAAUUGUUAAAGCCUCACAUAUCUUUAUCUUUUUUCUCAAAUGUUUUUUUUUAACCGGCGGUAGGUGAUCUGGUAGGCUCUUCUCCUCCUUAUAAAGCCACACUAGCAGCUAUUCCAUUACAAAACACAAACUUCAAACUCUCUCUCUCUCUCUCUCUCUCUCUCUCUCUCUCUCUCUAUUUUGAUCUCUUCCACUCCCACCACCCAAAAGAGAAACAAAAAAAAUUCAUUACCCUAAAACCAAGCUAAGUAUUAAGAUGCCUGCCGAUAGCUCUUCAGUUUCAGGCCAUGGCCAAACUGUUUGUGUCACCGGAGCUGGAGGCUUCAUUGCUUCCUGGAUUGUCAAACUGUUGCUAGAAAGAGGCUACAUUGUUAGGGGAACCUUGAGAAACCCAGAUGACCCAAAGAAUGCUCAUUUGAGGGAGCUUGAAGGAGCUCAAGAUAGGUUGACUUUACGUAAAGCUGAUCUUCUUGACUUUGAGAGCCUUAAAGAAGCCAUCAACGGCUGUGAUGGCGUUUUUCACACAGCAUCACCGGUUACGGAUGACCCAGAACAAAUGAUGGAGCCUGCGGUGAAUGGAACGAAAAAUGUGAUUGUUGCAGCAGCAGAAGCCAAGGUUAAAAGGGUUGUGUUCACGUCGUCAAUUGGUACAGUGUACAUGAACCCCACCAGGAGCCCUGAUGUGGUGGUCGAUGAGUCAUGUUGGAGCAACCUUGAAUAUUGCAAGAACACCAAGAACUGGUACUGCUAUGCGAAAACAGUGGCAGAGCAGACAGCUUGGGAAGAGGCCAAGGAGAAAGGGGUGGAUUUGGUGGUGGUGAACCCAGUUUUGGUACUCGGACCACUUCUCCAACCAACCGUCAACGCCAGCAUCAUCCACAUCCUCAAGUACCUCACAGGCUCAGCCAAGACUUAUGCCAAUGCUGUGCAGGCCUAUGUGCAUGUUAGGGACGUGGCUGUGGCCCACAUUCUGGUGUAUGAAACUCCAUCUGCCUCGGGAAGGUACCUUUGUGGUGAGAGUGUGCUUCACCGUGGAGACGUGGUAGAAAUCCUAGCCAAGUUCUUCCCAGAAUACCCAAUUCCCACCAAGUGCUCGGAUGAAGUCAAACCAAGAGUAAAACCAUACAAGUUGACAACCCAGAAGCUACAAGACUUGGGCGUGGAGUUCAUUCCAGUGAAACAGUGCCUAUAUGAAACUGUUAAGAGCUUGCAGGAGAAGGGCCACCUUCCAGUGCCUAAACCACAAGAAGAUUCCAUUAAAAUUCAAUCUUAAAUCUUGUAAGAAUAUUUGCAAUGCGUGACCUAUGUAUUUGCGGCGGAGAUAAACGUUGCAAUGGUAUUUUAAUAUCAGAUGACAAGUUUGUAAGAAUA